UUUUUAACGUCACGAUGACGUAAAUAAACACAAACCAUUUCUUUCUUUCUUUCUUUCUCUGCCCUAAUUUUCCAAUUAUUUUCAAGAACCCACCACCAUUUUCCCUUGAUCUAAUUCAAAACCCACUCGAUUCUCACAAACCCUAACCCCAAAGAUUCUGAAUUUUGAAUGAAUUGGGAGUUGUUGGAAUUGAGGGACUGAAGAAGAUGGAAGAUGCUGCGGCUCUUAUCGAGGCCACCGGAUCCCGCUUUAGUAAUCUUGAACUCAUUGGAAGAGGCUCUUUUGGAGAUGUUUAUAAAGGGUUUGACAAGGAGGUCAACAAAGAGGUUGCUAUUAAAGUUAUCGAUUUGGAAGAAUCAGAGGAUGAAAUUGAGGACAUCCAGAAGGAAAUAGCAGUUCUGCAGCAAUGUCGUUCACCAUAUAUCACAGAAUACUACGGGUCCUAUCUUCAUCAAACUAAACUAUGGAUAAUAAUGGAAUAUAUGGCUGGUGGCUCUGUUGCUGAUAUAAUCCAGCCAAAUCACCCAUUGGAUGAAAUGUCCAUAGCUUGCAUUUUACGUGACUUGCUUCUUGCAAUCGAGUAUCUUCACAAUGAAGGGAAAAUCCAUAGAGAUAUCAAAGCUGCAAACAUUUUGCUGACCGAGAAUGGCGAUGUCAAGGUGGCGGACUUUGGAGUGUCUGCACAACUAACUAGGACAAUUUCUAGAAGAAAGACGUUUGUAGGAACACCAUUUUGGAUGGCACCAGAAGUAAUUCAGAACUCAGAGGGAUACAAUGAAAAGGCAGAUAUUUGGUCUUUAGGAAUAACCGCAAUUGAAAUGGCUAAAGGGGAACCUCCGUUAGCCGAUCUUCACCCGAUGAGAGUUCUUUUCAUUAUACCAAGAGAAAGUCCACCCCAGUUAGACGAGCAUUUUUCUCGCCCAAUGAAAGAAUUCGUUUCAUUGUGUUUAAAGAAAGUGCCUGCUGAAAGACCAAGUGCGAAGGAGCUUUUGAAGCACCGUUUUAUAAGAAAUGCUAGAAAGACUCCAAAACUUCUCGAGAGAAUCAGAGAACGGCCAAAGUUCCAGUUGAAAGAAGACGCGAGUUUGCAAGAAGGUGCAAAAGUUGUAGAAGGAUCUGAUACCGUGAAGGUUUCAAGAGUUGAAGAAACUGUUAAAGUCAAAAAUGCCGGCUGGGAUUUCAGCAUAGGCGGGUCCACAAGUACCGGGACAGUUAGAAGCUCCGUAAAACCACCUCAAAUUAGGAAUAGAGUGGAUGUUUCUACAAAUCAAGCAACUGUUAACCAACCCGCAUCCGAAAUUUUCAUUGAAAAAGAUACCCGAGAGUCUUUCCUUGAAGAAAAUCAAGAUUAUUACAGGGAUGACGAAGAUAUAUCUCCGGUUGGCAGUGGAACGGUGGUGGUUCGACCUCAGAAAUCGGAAAAGUCGUCAGCAUCCAGUGAUCAGAGGACCAUGUCAAGUAGCAGCAUAUAUACGUCUCUUGAGGAUGCUUCCACCAGUGGUACAGUUGUAUAUCGUGGACAACAUGAUGAUUCGGAUUCUUCCGGAACUCCUAAAUCAAGAUUGGGUAGUCAAGAACGCGCUUUCUCUGCUUCCCCUGAAGACAGUGCGAUAAAUCUUGCAGAGGCAAAGGCUGCAAUUCAAGCCGGAAUGAGGAAAGGCAAUGUGAGAGAUAAGUCAAAUCUAAGCAAGGUCAACAAAGAUGUUCAUGAACGUAAUCGACCCCAGAGAUCAACAAAUAGUUCUGACUCUUCUAGAGAUUUUCAAGAUGCAAUAAAAGCAUUUGCAAAACCGCGCCAAACUAGCGGUGAUGAAGAAGAGAGACUUAAACUAUCCGCCACAUCUGCAUCUGCUACGCUGUCUACUCUGCUAAUCCCGUCUUUGAAAGAGGAAAUUUCUGAGGAUUUAGGAGCUCCGGUGGUGCAAACGGUUAUAAGAUCUUUAGUUGAUAUGGAGUACACAAAGCCCGGUUCUUGUGAAUUCCUUGUUACAAGGUUGCUUCACCGACUAGCAAGUUCAAAGGAACCCUCAUUAAAAAAUCUUCAAGAGGUGGCGAUUCGUGGGUUUUCCAAGGGUAAAAAAGUAAAUGAACAACCAGAAAAUGUGAAUCCCGAAGCUGAUAGCAAAAAUAAGCAACAAAACAAGGAGGCUCAGUCCAAUGCCAAUUUAAGUCCACUCGCAAGGUUCUUGCUUUCAAGAUGGCAAGGACAUACUUCUAAGGAUGUGAACGCAGCUUGAAAGCGAUUUUGAUUUUGUCGAGUUGAAAACUAACUUUUGUGGUGCAUUUUUAUUUCAUGUUUGGUAUUGAUUAAUUUAUUCAAAUGUAUAUAACAUUUAGAGAAAUCUGUAUAUUGUUUGAGCUGUGAGCUUACAUCUCAAUUUUUUGUGGGUUGUAAACUUUCUGCUUCGGUUGUAAAAGAUCUUGUUAGAUCGUCGUCAAAACUCAUUGCUUGAGUUAUUUCAUUUGUUA